UAAUUUCAAAAGGUGAUUGAAUAAAUUUCAAAUUUAAAGCUAGAGAAAUUUCUGGAAAUAUAUUGGAAUAUUGUGUUGGAAUAUUAUCUAUUGGAUUUUAACCAGAAUUGAUAAGCAACUAUGUUAAUUACAGAGUUUUUUGAAAAUCAGGAUAUAUUCAUAACUGGCGCUACAGGCUUCAUUGGUAAAGCCUUGCUGGACAAAUUAUUACGUUUAUCACCAAAUAUUGGAAACAUUUACGUGCUUAUACGAAGCAAAAAGGGAAAAAGUGUUCAGGAACGUUUAAAAGCGCUUUUAGAAGCUCCUGUAUUUGAGAACUCUUGGAAAGAGCAACCGCAGAAUAUAUCGAAAGUAUAUGCGAUCGAUGGCGAUACCACUAAGUUAAAACUGGGUAUUGGUAAUGAUGAUAUGGAGAAAUUGAAAAAUGUUUCAAUAUUAAUACAUGCGGCAGCUACUGUAAGAUUCGAUGAGCCUCUACAUCCUGCUAUACUUCAAAAUACACAAAGCACCUAUGAAAUUAUAAAAAUUGCAGAGAAUUUGAAACAACUUAAAGUUCUCAUGCAUGUAUCGACAACAUUUUGCAAUUCUAAUCAUACUGAGAGCGAUGAAGAGGUUUUUCAGGCUUGUGCGGAUUGGCGAACAACAAUAAGAUUAGCUCAAACUUACGAUGAAGACACGUUGGAGACCUUAAGUUUAAAAUACAUCAACCCAUCGGCAAAUACCUACACAUUUACGAAAAACUUAGCCGAGCAAAUCAUAAAUGAGUACCGUUACAAAUUACCAGUAGUAAUCUUUAGACCAUCAAUAGUUUUGCCUGCUCUUAAAGAACCAUUGCCUGGUUGGAUAGAUAAUUUAAAUGGUUCUAUAGGUCUUAUGCUAGCCUGCUCUUUGGGUAUCUUGCGUACUAAUUAUAUUACACAUUCAAUUACACACGAUCAAGUACCGGUAGAUAUGGUAGUACGUGCUAUGUUAAUAGCAUGCUUUAAGAAAGGAUAUCUUUCGAGAGACGAUAACAAUUUAGAUGUUUAUAACUUGGGCUCAAAAGACUACAUACGCGUAAAUUUAAGAGAAUUUCUUAUAAUAGCUGAAAAAGAAUGUAAAAAAAAUCCGUUUAAGAAAACAUUAUGGACUCCUGGCGGAAAACCGACAUUAUGUCCAUUUACAUUUCUAAUAAGAUAUAUUUUCCUACAACUUUUGUUGUCAUAUCUGGGAGAUAUUGGUCUGCGUUUAUCUGGACAGAAACCAUUCCUUUUUAAAUUGCAACGACGCAUUUUUGUUGCAAAUAACGCAAUUAGUUAUUUUACAAAUAGAGACUGGAUUUUUAAAAAUGACAAAUCAAUAGCUUUGGAGACUAUAAUACCAAAAUCGGAAAUUGACAAAUUUGGCUUAACGGAAUACUUACAUCGAAAUGAAGGUAAAAUUAUCGCUACUUAUAUACGCGGCUUGAAACUAUUUUUAAUGAACGAACCUGAAGAAGCCAGUAAAGGGACUUGGAGACGUUUUAAAAUCUUAACGUAUACCAAUUAUUUAUUACAAUUGUUAACUGUUUUAAUAGCAGUAAGGUUUCUUAUAUAUUUGCUUUUUUAAUAUUUCUUUGA